AAGUCCAAACCCUCCAAUUCUGCAACUAUAAAUUCCCUUUCUUUAAUUCUUCUUCUCUUCACUAUUUCACUUCUCUUCUUCUUUCAUUCCUUUCCCACUUUUUUGACUCCAAAAAACAAAAGACAAAAUCAGAAGAAUAAUCUCGUAGCCACUGCAACUCACCAAACAAAAGAGAAAGAACAAAAAGACACCCUUUUUUUAUCAUAAGAAGUUGCACUGUGACACCAUCAUCAUCAUGAGUCCCGUUCCUCGAGAAGAACCAAGCUUAGAUUUCAGACCCUCUUUUGUUCCUAAAAUCGUCAAUGAGUUUCUCUGCCAUCUUUCCUCCACCCCAAAUCCCUGCAACAGGAUGUCCCUCCUCCAGGAAUUUCUCACCAGAUUGGAACUUGAAUUGGUCAAGAUUCAAGCCUUCAAACGCGAACUUCCUCUCUGCAUGUUCCUCUUAAACGAUGCAAUUUCAGCUUUGAACGAAGAGUUAGCGAAAAUCAGAACUUUCAAGUCUGAGCCUGUUUUGGAGGAGUUCAUUCCUCUGAAGACUCUGAAGAGAGAGUACGAGGAGAAAGAGGAUAGUGAGAAGGAAGAGAAAUACAGGGACAAGAAUGAUUGGGUGAGUUCUUUCCAGCUUUGGAACACAGAAGAUGAAGCUCAUUGUAAUAGGAACAAUGCAUAUAGAUCGGAGCAGAAACAAAAGAAGAGUAAGGAAGAAGAAAGACAAUCCAUGGAAAAGGACUAUUUCCAACAUGGUAGAAAUAGAAAUGUAGAGAGGGGAUUUGCCAUGCCUUUGUCCACUUAUCUUUCAACAGAGGAAGAAGGUGUUGUGGAUGGACUGUCUCUUAGGACACCUGCAACUGCAGUGAAAAACACAAGGGAGGGACGUGGUUCCAGAAUCAGCUCUUGCAGGGUGGUUUCCUCCGCCACUUCGCCCCUGCUUCUGCCGCAAAGUGGCAGGAAACAAAGGAGGUGCUGGUCGCCGGAGUUGCAUCACCGCUUUGUUAAGGCAUUAGAAGAGCUUGGAGGCUCUCAAGCAGCUACUCCAAAGCAAAUUAGGGAACUCAUGAGGGUUGAUGGCCUGACCAACGAUGAAGUAAAGAGUCAUUUACAAAAAUAUAGACUUCAUACAAGGAGAGCUCCAGCUGCUACAGCUGCAAAUUCUAGCAACUCUGGUGCAGAUCUUGGAGGCUUGUGGAUGCACAAAGAAGCAUUGAAGGGUACAAGUUCUUGUUCUCCUCAAGGGCCUCUCCAAUUCGCUACACAAUCUGGGGAAGCGACAUCCACAACAGAAGAUAAAAUUAGAGGAGUUUCACAUCUGCUCAAGAACAACACAUGAUUUCAUAAAAGAUGAUGGAUCUUGGGAGAGAGGCUUUUGAAAUUUUGAAGGACCAGUUUUCCUUCCAUCCCAUGAGUUUUGAUAUGAUACUCUGAGGAAAGAAUAAGCUUUUGCACAUAAAGAAGCAGGAAAAGUUCCAUUUUCCAAUAUCACAAUGAUCAUUCAUUUCUUCUUUUUCCACGAAAUCAUUAUAGAGCUGAAGGAGAAAACUCCGACAUGUCUCUGAAGGGAUUUCUGCAGUUAUAGGUGGAUUUUGAGUUUCAUGAUUUCAUGGUUAACUUAAUUAGCUUAGAUUAUCCAUGUCUGAAAACGUGUACUGAUUGUAGCAGAGUCAAAAUAAGCUUAUGCUGUAACUCCCAGUUUUGUUCUCUAUCUUGUGUAUUGUAAUAAUAGUGGUAGGAUUGUUCAGCUUUUAACUUGGAAUACCUUGAUUGAUGUUCUAUCAGUGUUGGAGGCAAGGUAGGUUAUGAAAUUUCUCAUCAGGGUUAGUUGUAAAUUUGCCAUAAUAGCUAAGGAGUGA